CGGAUGGUGCCAUCAUCCUAGUCGGCGCCUUACGGGCUUCCAGCAUGUAGAACCGAACCGCGCAUCACCUACUCAAUCGGAGCCUGGUCAGUCUGAUCAACCCGCAAAAAGGGACAUUGCAACAGAAAUAUGUCUUCUACACCGGCAAACGUGACAACAACGUGGUGUUGGAUUUGUUAUAAUUUAUGCGGACGUGUUAAUAUGUAAUCUGCAUCAUUCAUUUUCUUCCGCAUAAAAUGAAUUCCACACAAACGUCAGCUCAGUUUUAGCCUAGGCUACUAUUAUAACCACAUUUUGAUUUGUAGAGCAUCAACUGAUGGAAUAUUGCGUCGGUCGGCUCAUCCCAUCACCCAGACGGACUUUCUCUGCCGGAUUUAAAAUAAAAUUGAAGAAUAAAACGCUGGAUUCCCCCGGUUUUUCCAACCUAACCGUUAAACGUCCUUGGAGCAUGGCCUGAUUCUAUGAACCCUCUCAGCACUUCGCACAUCAAAGUCCCACCUCUCCACUGUCAAAGCCACACAUAAUAAUUUCAGUUAGAAGAAUAGUAAUAUUUGAAUUGCUCAACUCAGUAGAUUUCAACUGCAGAUGACUUGGUAUUAUGUCCACCAUUCUGGGGAAUACACGCUCAGAAGGAGAUAGAAGCCAGCACUGCACUAACUCAAACAACAGGCUCGCGCAUCAGCCGCACACGGUUCCUGAAAUGGCGUGCCAAAGGCAAGGUAUUGGGGGGAGUGGAAUGGGGGAAGACUAAAAAGACAGAACCCUUUAGAACCGACCAGUCCAUGUUCUCCUUAUCUCGCACACACUACCACUCUUAGAUCCCUUUACACACAGUACUCAGCAUAAGGAGUCAGCCGUCUUCCAUCUCCACACGGCACCAUGGGGGACAUAGCAGCGAAUAGCUCAGUUGAGUUCUACCCCAAGAAGAAGAGAGCCAGUGCGGCGGGCGGAGGCGGAGGAGAUGGGAACCACGGAGGGGAUUUCGGGGUCUCCCUGGAAGAGCUCCGGGACCUCAUGGAGCUCAGGGGUCCGGAGGCUCUGCAGAAGAUCGAGGAGAACUACGACAGCACCGGGGGCCUGUGCCAGAGACUCAAUACUUCACCCACCGAAGGUCUGUCGGAUAACGCCGUGGACCUGGAGAAGCGCAAGGAGGUGUUUGGGCAGAACUUCAUCCCACCUAAGAAGGCCAAGACGUUCAUGGAGCUGGUGUGGGAAGCCCUGCAGGAUGUGACCCUCAUCAUCCUGGAAGUCGCCGCUCUCAUCUCUCUGGGCCUGUCCUUCUACCAGCCACCAGGGGAGGAGAGUGAAGCCUGUGGGAACGUUGCGUCCGGCGCGGAGGACGAGGGCGAGGCCGAGGCAGGCUGGAUCGAGGGGGCGGCCAUCUUGCUGUCGGUGGUGUGCGUGGUGCUGGUGACGGCCUUCAACGACUGGAGCAAGGAGAAGCAGUUCCGCGGGCUGCAGAGCCGCAUCGAGCAGGAGCAGCGCUUCGCCGUGGUGCGCAACGGCACGGUCAUCCAGAUCCCCGUGGCCGAGCUGGUGGUGGGGGACGUGGCUCAGGUCAAAUACGGUGACCUCCUGCCGGCCGACGGAAUACUGAUCCAGGGUAACGACCUGAAGAUCGACGAGAGCUCCCUGACGGGAGAAUCUGAUCAUGUCCGCAAAGAUGUCGACAAGGACCCCAUGUUGCUCUCAGGCACUCACGUUAUGGAAGGAUCCGGAAGGAUGGUGGUCACUGCGGUGGGGGUCAACUCUCAAACCGGCAUCAUUUUCACUCUCCUGGGUGCAGGCGAGGGAGAGGAGGAGGAGAAGGAGAAGAAGGAACAGAAGAAAGAGGGCAGUAAUAGCUCAUCAUCCGCAGUCGAGGCCAAACAGAUGACCAUCACCAAUGGAAAGCAAGACGGGACUCUGGAAAAUAACCCUAAUAAAGCCAAGAAACAGGAUGAAGCCGUCGCCAUGGAGAUGCAGCCUCUGAAGAGCGCGGAGGGCGGAGAGGUGGAGGAGAAGGAGAAGAAGAAAGCCAACGUGUCCAAGAAAGAGAAGUCUGUGCUUCAGGGCAAACUGACUAAGCUCGCGGUGCAGAUCGGGAAAGCAGGUCUGGUCAUGUCGGCCAUCACGGUCAUCAUCCUGGUGCUGUACUUUGUGAUCGAGACGUUUGUGGUCCAGGGCCGCGAGUGGAAGGCCGAGUGCACCCCGGUGUACGUGCAGUAUUUCGUCAAGUUCUUCAUCAUCGGCGUGACCGUGCUGGUGGUGGCCGUCCCGGAGGGCCUGCCCCUGGCCGUCACCAUCUCGCUGGCCUACUCCGUCAAGAAAAUGAUGAAGGACAAUAACUUGGUACGCCACUUGGAUGCCUGUGAGACCAUGGGCAAUGCUACGGCCAUUUGCUCUGACAAGACCGGGACCCUGACCACCAAUCGUAUGACAGUGGUCCAGGCCUUUGUGGGUGACCAACUCUUCAGUACGGUUCCGGACCCCAGCCAGAUUAACUCCAAGACCUUAGAGCUGAUAGUCAGUGCCAUUGCUAUCAACUGUGCCUACACAUCUAAGAUCAUGGCGGCUGAUCAGGAAGGUGGUCUGCCUAAGCAGGUGGGCAAUAAGACAGAGUGUGGCCUGCUGGGCUUUGUGCUGGACCUGAAGCGGGACUACGCCCCUGUAAGGGAGCAGAUCCCCGAGGAGAAGCUCUACAAGGUCUACACCUUCAACUCCGUCCGCAAGUCCAUGAGCACCGUCAUCCAGCUGCCCGACCGCUCCUUCCGCCUCUACAGCAAAGGAGCCUCCGAGAUUCUGCUCAAGAAAUGCACAACCGUCCUGGAUGCCGCGGGCGAACCGCGCAUCUUCCGGCCGCGAGACCGGGACGAGAUGGUGAAGAACGUGAUCGAGCCCAUGGCCUGCAAUGGCCUCCGCACCAUCUGCGUGGCCUACAGGGACCUGCCAGCCAGCCCGGAGCCCGACUGGGAAAACGAGGCCGACAUCAUCACCAACCUCGUCUGCCUCACCGUGGUUGGCAUCGAGGAUCCAGUCCGUCCUGAGGUGCCUGAUGCGAUCACGAAGUGCCAGAGGGCGGGCAUCACAGUGCGCAUGGUGACAGGGGACAACAUCAACACGGCGCGCGCCAUCGCUGCCAAGUGUGGCAUCAUCCACCCCGGAGACGACUUCAUCUGCCUGGAGGGCAAAGACUUCAAUCGACGAAUCAGAAACGAGAAAGGAGAGAUUGAACAGGAGAGAAUUGACAAACUUUGGCCCAAACUGCGAGUACUGGCCCGAUCCUCUCCCACAGACAAACACACACUGGUCAAAGGCAUCAUAGACAGCACUAUAUGUGAACAACGCCAGGUUGUUGCUGUAACAGGAGAUGGAACCAAUGAUGGACCUGCACUUAAGAAGGCUGAUGUUGGCUUCGCCAUGGGCAUCGCUGGCACUGAUGUGGCCAAAGAGGCCUCGGACAUCAUUCUGACUGACGAUAACUUCUCCAGCAUUGUGAAGGCCGUGAUGUGGGGCCGCAACGUCUACGACAGCAUCUCCAAAUUCCUGCAGUUCCAGCUCACCGUCAACGUUGUGGCCGUCAUCGUCGCUUUCACUGGAGCUUGCAUCACACAGGACUCUCCUCUGAAGGCGGUGCAGAUGCUGUGGGUGAACCUGAUCAUGGACACCUUCGCCUCGCUGGCCCUGGCCACGGAGCCGCCCACGCUGUCCCUGCUGCUGAGGAAGCCCUACGGCCGCAACAACCCGCUCAUCUCUCUCACCAUGAUGAAGAACAUCCUGGGCCACGCCAUUUACCAGCUCGUCAUCAUCUUCACCCUGCUCUUUGCCGGGGAGAAGAUUUUCAACAUUGACAGCGGGCGCAAUGCUCCCCUGCACUCUCCCCCCUCUGAGCACUACACCAUCAUCUUCAACACCUUCGUCCUCAUGCAGCUCUUCAACGAGAUCAACGCCCGCAAGAUCCACGGCGAGAGGAACGUCUUCGACGGCAUGUUCUCCAACCCGAUAUUCUGCAGCAUAGUGUUUGGAACGUUUGGAAUACAGAUCGUAAUCGUGCAGUGGGGAGGGAAGCCGUUCAGCUGUUCUCCCCUGAACAUCGAGCAGUGGCUGUGGUGCCUGUUCGUGGGACUCGGGGAGCUACUCUGGGGACAGGUCAUUGCCACGGUGCCCACCCAUCAGCUGAAGUUCCUGAAGGAGGCCGGCCAUGGGACAGGUGCCGAUGAGAUCAUGGACGAAGAUAUGGCCGAGGACGAGGAGGAGAUCGACCACGCUGAACGCGAGCUUCGCCGUGGACAGAUUCUUUGGUUCCGAGGACUCAACCGUAUUCAGACUCAGAUCCGGGUGGUGAAAGCCUUCCGUAGCUCUCUCUAUGACGGCAUCGAGAAGCCAGAGUCCAGGAACUCCAUCCACGACUUCAUGGCGCACCCUGAGUUUAUCAUCAACGACUCGGUGAACAGCAUCCCUUUGAUUGACGAGACGGACAUCGACGACGAGUCGGAGCGCGCCAACCACAACCAUGUGCGCCUGGCUCUGCGUCACGGAGCCCCGCCUUCCCAGGUCCCCCAACGCCCACCCCGCUCCCGCCCCCCGACCCGCCCCUACCGACAGCAGAGCCUCCCCGUGACCCUCAACUGCAACAACAACGCCGCCGAGAGUGACGUCUUUCUCACCCCGAAAGAUGCAAGAAAAUCCGCUGCUUCCCCGAUCCCAGCUAGCCCAUUGCACAGCUUUGAGACAUGUUUAUAAUUACUUGGGAGGGAGGGAAGAGAGAAAAUUCACACUUUAGUUUUAAGUCGGGAAAGGCCAUGAAUGACCUUAUUAAUGGACUACCAAUGGAUCUCAAAGAGAUGGACCAAGGAGAAUUGACCGAAGGCAGUAUUAUAUAACUGAGAAAAACUGACUUUGACACUACUGAGUUACAGAUGUUUCUAUCCUCCCUCACGUCCUCACCAGAAACACCUCUGUUGACCUUCCCUCUCGGCUUUCCAACAUCAUCAUGGUAUCUCCACUGCUCUUCGACCCAACAACUUAACCCCAGUGGAAAUGGACGGAGAGGAUAACUUCAGAGAAUGAAGUGUAUGGGGAUACAACAGCAGAGUAUCUGAACUGGCAAGGAACAUGGACUUAUAAAGGGGUUUAAUCAUUCCGCUUUUUAAUUAUUAUAUUACUGUUCCAAUUAUUAUUAUUAUUGUGGUUACUACUGCUAAAAUUACAAUUGCUACUACAAUUACUAUAUUCCAGUUAAGAUGCUUUAUAAAUUAGCUUUAUAUAUCCAUGUAUGUUUGUAUGUAUGAUGUAUGUUUGUAUGUAUGUGUUAUCUGUUUGUUUGUUGCUGAAUUGUAGUUAAUGUCUUUUUUUCUGUUUGGUUCUUUUUGUUCCCAUAACCUUCCUUUACUCCUGUCCACCUCACGCUUUUUCUGUGUUUGAGUGUGUAGUGUAUGUCUUUAAACAGGAAAAUGAAAUAAAAACAUACAAAUAAAUCAAAUAAA